AUGUCAGUUAUGUGGUGUAAAGGGCGUGAAAGUAAAGGAGAAUUUAAGGAUGAAGAUGUUAAAAUCAUGGCUGAUAAACUAAUAGAACAUGAGAAACAGAUAAAAGAAGGACAAGUAAAUGUUGAACCAGGAACGGAUGCCAUGAUCUUAGUUUUUGGCAAGGAAAAUGGCAGAUUUUUAAAGGGUGUCGGCACGGGAGUCACUUACAAUAGAUAUUUCAAUGUUCCUCGUAGAAAAGGGUCAUCUAAGGAAGAAAUUAAAGAUCUUAAAGUUUCAUUGCAUAAUGGAAAACUUAAGCUUGAGAAAAAAGAUAUUGAGCUCAAGGCUUUGUCUACAAAGGUUAAUGAACAAGAUCAAACACUAAAGCUAGUUUUGGCUCAUCUUAAUGCAAAAGGAGCUGACUUUCCGAAUCUAUCUCAUACAAUUGGUAUUUCAAGUGAGAAGAUUGUACAGAGUAAUGAAACGUCUCCUAUUAGUCUCAAAACCAAUGAACCUUCAGAACCUGUAACACCAGUUAUUCCAAAACCCAACAAAAAACCUGUUCAAACAAAAUUUGCAACUGCAGCACCCGAUGCAAAAUUGAUUUCCAUGAAAUCUGCAACAGCAAAUACAAAAACAACCAACAAAAAUUUUGAGUCUAAGACUACCAGCAUCAAUCAUGACAUACCAAAAGUUUCACCAAAUAAUCCCAUUCACCAGGUACCAGAAAUUAUAUCACAUCAAAAAUCAACAAAAAGGAAACCAACUUACGUAUCAUUUGUUUCCCUUCUGAAGAAAACAAUGAGCAAUACAAACAAAAAGAAUGCCUAG